UUAAUGUAGCAUGUUAGAAUGCAACUAUUAGCAUACCAAUUAGCACAAAACAAAAAAUGCAGUUGGAGUAAUGGGGAUAUCAUUAGUUUUGCAGUUAUUUGGUCAUAAACCACAGAAUUGGACAAAAACUUGUAUGCCGGAAAUCAUGCAACGUUUUUAAAAUUCAUCUUUAGGGGGACAUGAAUGUACAUGUAACAAAUUUAAUAACAAAUAUCUUAAUAGUUGUUGAGACAUUUCACUCAAAACCACAAAUGUCAGCCUCAUGGUAGCAUGCGAGAAAAAGUCAGGGAGUCACCAAAGUUAGUAGGGUUCAUCCUCCGGGUAUAAUGAAAGUCUGUACCAAAUGUAAUGGCAGUCUAUCCUGAAAUUAUUGAGAUAAUUCAGUCUGGACCAAAGUGGUGGAUUGACAUUUACAUUGUCAUUGUGUGCUAAAAAGAAAGAAUAAAGAAGUAGGAACACUGUGGACACAUCAUACACUGCACACAGAAUAUAUUCAGUAGUGAUAUACAGGUAGUUUAAACCAUACACAAAGAACGACAACAGUAGAUUUCUUGCUAAAAAAAAACUAAAAUAGCUCCUAUGUGUACGAUUUUAAGAAGAAAUAUACACAGAGCCGGGAUAUGACUGUAUGAGAUAGAAUAGAGGGCAUGUCUUUAUAAAUUAUAUAUAUUAUACACAUAUUUUAACAAAUAAAAUGAUUACAUAAUGAUGUUACAGCUGUGGUCACAAAUUUUAGAACAGAUAACAAAAUCAGUUUCUCUUUUUUUUUAUUGACAACACAACAACAAAUUGUGUCAUUUUUAGCGUACAAACUUCUUUCAUAAUAAGUGCUGCAGGGUCGUCUAGAUAUGAAAGAAAAGACAUCCAGUCGAUGAUACAUCUAUCUGUCAUUGCUUCCUGAAUGACACAUUUACCAUUGAUAGGGUUGAAAGUGCUAUGACAUGUAAAUGCACACUUUCUGGUAGCACUUCAACUGAGACUCUUUCUCACUACAAAUCAUUGACACAAUUCAAAUAGGCAUAUUAUUGUUAGAAGAAUCUCCACUUCACCCAUUAACUCAAGAGGACAUCCUUUUUAGUGAAGCAAUCCAAAGAGGAGGGAGCGAAAAGCUUUAAAAGAAAUCAGAAAACUCAUCACACUACAACAAGCAUCCACACACCGUCCUAGAGCUAGCGUUGCAUAUUGAAACUGUAAUAUUUGAUAGUAAAAAAUCCUUGUUCUGAGGUGAAUCUAUCUGUAUAGUGGCUAAGAUGUUUGUGGAUGAGCGGAUUGUUACUCUGUUCAAAAGGAAUGCCCAUCACACGCUGACUUACUGGAGUGUUUUCUUCAGCUUUGGACUCUGCAUUGCUUUCCUUGGACCUACAAUUUUGGACUUGCAAUGUCAAACGAACUCGACACUUAGUCAGAUUACCUGGGUGUUCUUUUCCCAGCAGUUCUGCUUGUUGAUCGGCAGCUCUAUUGGUGGUGUUUUCAAGAGGACGUUGUUCAGUGCUCUGUCUGCCUUAUUUGUCUCUGCUCUCAUCAUCUCUGUAAUAUUUGCCAUCAUCCCUCUGUGCAAUAAUGUCCUGUUGCUGGCCAUUGCCAUGGCUGUGUCUGGUUUUGCAAUGGGAAUUAUUGACACCAUUGCUAACAUCCAACUGGUGACCAUCUAUCAGAGGGACUCGGCUGUUUUCUUACAGGCUCUUCAUUUCUUCAUUGGGUUCGGAGCCCUGGUGAGCCCACUGAUUGCAGAUCCUUUCCUAUCCGAGACAGGCUGUGGGAAUCACACAGGGAAUGGGACUGAGAUCAUGCAUCAUUUCAGGAACAUGCUGAGAAACAGUCCAAUCGCAGAGCACAACAUAACUCAGAGCUACCUGCCCCAUGAGGGAGAGGAAGAGGAGUCCAGCGUGCACUAUGCCUUUUGGAUCAUGGCAGUGAUCAAUCUGCCUGUGCCCAUGGCAGUCCUGUUCCUGAUGUAUCGGGAGCAGCUGAUCCCAUUCUGCCGUAGUAGCACUCCUCGUCUCCUGGACAAAGAUGAACUAGCCAUGGAGAACCAGCAGGGGGCCGAGGGCCCAGACGUAGAGCACAAAGAACAUGAAGCAGGAGGUCAUGGGGAUAUCUUUAGCUGCUGUCGGAAUGAUAACCUACGCGAGCUGCCAGUAUCCUUCUUUAUGAUUCAUGUCCUUGGCGGGAUGGUGCUCUUCAUGACCGAUGGUAUUGUGGGUGCAUAUGCCGGCUUCGUGUACACAUAUGCAGUUGCACCGCCUAUGUCAUUGUCUCACAAGGCAGCAGGUUACCUGGCCAGUAUCUUUUGGGCAGCGAUCACUGCUGGACGUCUGUUGUCCAUACCUCUUUCCUACCGUUUCCAGCCUGUGAGACUGCUAAUGUUCAACCUGGCAGGUGCUAUUGUUACUGUGUUGAUGCUGCUUAUUUUCUACACCAGCAACACUUUUCUGUUUGUCGGAACAUGUUUAUGUGGGCUUUUCCUCAGCAGCAUCUUCCCCUGUAUGCUUGCCUACACUGAAGACAUCCUUGAUUACCAGGGAUGUGCAACUUCAGUCCUGGUGACAAGUGCAGGGAUGGGAGAGAUGGUAAUGCAGGUUCUGGUUGGCUCAAUUAUCCAGACAGAAGGCAGCUACAGCUUCCUGCUAUGUGGAAUGAUAAUCGCCUGCAUCGGUUUUAUUCUCUUCAUUGGUCUCCUGCUGUUCCAUCGGAUGCACAGAAAUUACCUCGCAGGACCGACAAAAAAGUCUGCCAUGGUGGAUGAACCAACACCUGAACAGAAUGGAUCCACCAAAACUGAACAGAAAGAGGAAACAGAGACCAGCUGAGAGUGGCUAUCAUUAAAUUAACGACUAUGAAUUUGCCUCAAAGACUCAAAAUGUUUUACUAAAGUCCACCAAAUGAAUAUUAGGUAGAUAUAUUUUUAUUGUGUUGGACAUUACAUUGUCUUUUCAAAGUAGACAGUGUUCAUCAAAUAGUAGACUUGUGUUCUGUUUAUGUUGCAUCAGGGUUUGAAAUUCUAGGAUUAUAAUUGUAUCAGCAGUUUUCCACUGAAAAUAUACAUGUAGUGUAAAUUUAUGU